AUGGACUAUGUCGAGCAGCGCAUGGCGCAAGAAGCAGCCAAACCCGUUCCCUCUCCAGAAGAGUCCACCACAUUCUUUACCCCGAUUAACCUCAUUCUCCUCUCCCUCCUAAUUUAUACAAUCUACUUCCGCUUCUUCCGUCCCUCUUCAUCCGUCCACCCCCUCCCUCCAGCACAGCCUGCAGUCGUCUUCCGCACCUUCACGCCGCCCACCCUACUCCCCUACAACGGCCUGAAGAACAUGCCCGUCUAUCUCGCCGUCCGCGGCAAGGUCUUCGAUGUCACUCCGGGCAGAAACUUCUACGGUCCCGGCGGCCCCUACGCUAAUUUUGCAGGCAGGGAUGCGUCGAGGGGAUUGGCGUGUGGGAGUUUUGACGAGGAGAUGUUGACGAAGGAUUUGGAAGGGCCGCUGGAUGACUUGACUGGACUUGGGGAUGAUGAGAUGGAGGCGCUGAGGGGCUGGGAGGAGAGGUUUGAAGAGAAAUACCUUGUUGUAGGACGGUUGGUGAGGGUCGGUGAGGAGAAGAAGGCCGCAGAAGGUGACAAAAAAGAGGAGGAGAAAGCGGCGUCUUCGUCUUGA